GCCCGGCGGGCGCGGACGGGGCGGGGCGGGGCGGCGGGCGGUGAAGAGGGCGCGCGCGGGGCGCGGGGCGGCGGCCAUGGCCGUGGCCAUGGCGGACGCGGGGCCGCUGAUGCGGCGCUACGAGGGGGCGGCGCAGGGCCGCGGCGUGGCGGCGGCCGGCUGGCGCAUCUGCCUGGCGCACCGCUUCGAGGAGCGGCGGCAGCCCUACUGCGUCUCCGACCUGCAUGUCACCCACCUCCUGCGGCACAUCGGCCUCGGCAUGCGAUAUUUCAGAUGGUGGUACAAGAAAACCCGCCUAGAGAAGAAAUACCCAUUCAUUGACCUUAUAAGAGCAGUUCCUCUACGGCAGAUCUAUGGGUGCCCGCUGGGCGGGAUCGGGGGAGGCACCAUCACCCGCGGCUGGCGGGGCGAGUUCUGCCGCUGGCAGCUAAAUCCUGGGCUUUACCAUUACGAAACAGUCAUCGCUGACCAGUUUACAGUUUGUCUGCGUCGCAAGGGGCAGACUGUUUACCAGCAGGUGCUGUCCGUGGAGAAACCCAGUACUCUGCAGGACUGGAACUGGGGCUACUGUGGCCACUAUGCCUUCUACCACGCGCUGUACCCUCGUGCCUGGACAGUCUACGAGCUCCCAGGGCAAAAUGUGGUGCUCACUUGCCGCCAGGUCUCUCCUGUCAUCCCCCAUGACUACCAGGACUCCAGCCUGCCAGUGGCAUUGCUCAUCUGGGAGGUGGAGAAUGAGAAUGACGAGGAUGUGGAUGUCUCCAUCAUGUUCAGCCUGCAGAAUGGCACGGGUACGAAGGAGGACAAGAGAGGGGGGCACUGGAACGAGCCCUUCACCUUUGAGAAGGAGGGCAAACAGGUUGCUGGCGUUCUGCUGCAUCACUGCACUCCCGUGAAUCCCUUCACCUUUGCUAUCUCUGCCUGGGAGAAGGCUGGCACCAGAGUUACCCACUUCACAGCAUUCAGUCCCACAGGAUCAGGUAAAGAGGUGUGGCAAGACCUCCUUCAGGAUGGCAGGCUGGAUUCCCCUGUGGGUAGAAGUACCCCAACAGAGAAGGGGGAGGCAGUUGCAGCAGCUGUGUGUGCCAGUUGUACGGUGCCUGCCCGAGGGCACAGGACGCUUGAGCUGGCUCUGGCAUGGGACAUGCCCUGGGUUCGUUUUGGCUCGAAGGAGAAGCUGCAUCUCAGGCGAUACACACGCUAUUUUAACAGCAAAGGCGAUGUUGCUCCUGCCCUGUCACAUUAUGCGCUAACGCACUAUGAGGAGUGGGAGAAGAAGAUUGAUGCAUGGCAGAAGCCCGUCCUGGAGAACAGCCACCUGCCUGCCUGGUACAAGUCCGCCCUGUUCAAUGAGCUGUACUUCCUAACGGACGGGGGGACCAUCUGGGUGGAGCUGCCCCCGGACGGCUGCGCGGAGGACGUGCAGGGGCUGGCAGGGGCUGGCCUGUCCCAGCAUCUCCCUGUCCUGCGGGAGUAUGGAAGGUUUGCUUAUUUGGAAGGCCAGGAGUACCGGAUGUACAAUACCUACGAUGUCCACUUCUAUGCCUCCUUUGCUCUCGUCAUGCUGUGGCCCAAGCUGCAGAUCAGCCUGCAAUAUGACAUUGCUGCCUCAGUGGUGAAUGAGGAUGUCCAGCCCCGGCAGUACUUGAUGUCUGGUCGGACGGCCCAGGUGAAGCUGAAGAACGUGGUGCCCCACGACAUUGGGGAUCCAGAUGAUGAACCAUGGCAGCGUGUCAAUGCCUAUAUGAUACACGACACAGCCCACUGGAAGGACCUGAACCUGAAGUUUGUGCUGCAAGUGUACCGUGACUACCACCUAACACACAACUCCCAGUACUUGCGGGACAUGUGGCCAGUCUGCCAGGCUGUGAUGGAGUCAGAGCUGAAGUUUGACACAGAUAAUGAUGGGCUCAUCGAAAAUGGUGGCUUUGCUGACCAGACAUAUGAUGCGUGGAUAGUAACAGGAGCCAGUGCCUACUGUGGUGGGCUGUGGCUGGCAGCUGUCUGUAUGAUGUGCAAGAUGGCAGAUAUGCUAGGCGAUGGUGAGAUCCUGCAGAAAUACACUGCCAUCCUGGAGAAGGGCAAGGAGGCGUUUGAGAGGCUGCUCUGGAACGGAAAAUACUAUAACUAUGACAGCAGUGGGAGUGUCACUUCCAGCAGCAUCAUGUCAGACCAGUGUGCUGGGCAGUGGUUCCUUGGGGCUUGUGGCCUGGACCAAGAGGUCUUCCCCAAGAGUCAUGUUGUCAGUGCGCUGAAGACCAUCUUUGAGAACAACGUCAUGGGCUUUGCCGGUGGCACCAUGGGAGCCGUGAAUGGCAUGACGUCUGAUGGGGUGCCAGACGCUUCCAGCGUACAGUCCAACGAGGUGUGGAUCGGGGUAGUAUAUGCCUUGGCUGCCACCAUGAUCCAGGAGGGCCUGGUGCAGGAAGGUUUUCGCACAGCAGAGGGCUGCUACCAGACAGUUUGGGAGCAGUUGGGCAUGGCCUUCCAGACACCAGAGGCCUACUGUGAGAAGAAGAUCUUCCGCUCACUGGCCUACAUGCGGCCCCUUAGCAUCUGGAGCAUGCAGCUGGCCCUAGAGAGGCACCAGCAUCCACAGAACCCGCCUAGGCAAAAUCCCUCAACCCUUGAGCCCUAGGGCCCAAUAGUGUUGAGCAGAUGAAUGAAUGCACCCUGGGGCUGGGGACCUCAGCUGGAGGGCGGUGACCCUGCCAUGGUGCCCUUCCCUACCCCCCACCUCUUGAUAAUAUUCAUAUUGCUGUUUUUCUUCCCCAUCUCCUCACCCAACCCACAGGUCAUGCUCUUCACCUUGAGGGGACCUCCAGACACAGAUGCUGAGCAUAAGGGGGUCCAGAGGCACAAGUUAUGUCUCCUCAUCCUCACCGGUGGAAGGAGAGGAGUGGGAUAAGGGGGCAUUGCUAAGGCUUGUGUCUCCCUUUCCCUAUUGCUCAGGGCUCUGCCAGCCUGCAGUACAAGUAACUUUCCUCAACGUGAGCUGGUGCCAUCCUCUAGGAGCAAGCAAGACCUUUCUCCUGCAGGCUUUGUCUGGGAGAAAUCAGUGGGCCUGGUAAGGUAGGAGUUGGCCUGUAAGGCUAAUAAGUGUGUGUGCAUGAAGUGAGGACCUUGCACUGAUGUGGGAUAUGGCUGCCUGCACCUGAUCUGGCUGCUCAUUGCUGCUGUACAUAGACAUGUGGAUACUGUAGCUGUUUCUCUGCUUGGUAACUGCUGCAGCCACAAACUGGCUCUCCUGGACUGACCCCCCUGGCUCUGCCUGCAGCUGGAGUUGGCUCUGGGCCUGGUGCAGUGCUGGAUAGGUCAGGGAGCUCCAGCCCAGCCCGGGAGCCCCCUCGGGGUGGGAUCUGCCUCCCCAGCCCCUGUGCCACAGCUGUGCAUGGAGCUGUGUGCUUCUCCCCACCACCAGGAGCCAGCACCUUCCCCAGGCAGGGAGCACGCAGGAGAGCUUGUAGCAAGUACAAUCCACAGUGGGGCCUUCCUAGGUGGGGGGAGACCUGGCUCCCUGGCCUGUGACAAUCUGAGCCCAGGUUCUGGCCCGAGUGGAACAGCACGUCUCUGGUCUGGUACUGUGGCACCCCUCCCUGCUUGCACAGCCAUGCAGACUUGUGUGGGCAGUGGAGCAGAUUUUAAUUAUGAAUCAUUUUAAUUUAAGUUCUUAAUAAAUGAUUAUCUAGCUGUC